AAACGUUUAUUUGCGCACUCAAAAGUAAUUUUAAAUAAUUUUGCAAAUAUGGAUAAAGAAUCCAAGAAGUUGGAAUGGCCGAGGGAAGCUGUCCUGCAUCUAAUUGAAUUGUGGGAGUCAUUUGAGUGUUUGUACAAUCCAAAGAACAAUUUUUACCAUAACAAACAUGCGCGGUACCAAGCGCUAAGCGAAUUGGCGGAAAGUCUUAACGAUUUCAUGCCAGGAAUUGGGCCCGCUGAAGUAAAGGCAAAAAUUAACUACUUGCGAGGACAAUUCACGCGAGAAGUUGCAAAGUGUAGCAAUAAGAAAAGUGGAGCUGGCGCUGACGAAGUUUACGUCCCAACUGCGUUUUGGUAUAAGAAGCUUGGUUUUCUAUCCGAUUUUGUGAAGGUUCGGAAAGGAGAAAGUAAUUUUUCAUCGUUCCUGGAUGAUUCUCAAACUUCAGUUGAACUAGAAAGAGACUUGUCUCCUCCGGCCCGAAGUAAGAAGAGAGUGCGUCCGAAUGAAGAGAGCUCAACACCAAAGGAGAACGACAUGUUAGAAGCUGCGACGGAGGCAUUGAAAUCUAUUGCACAAAAAGAUAAUACUGAAUUGGAUGGUAACGAUGACGCUUUCUGUAGGUUUUUAAUGUUGGAAUUUCGCGCACUUAAAAAUGAAGAAAUCAAGGAGGAACUUAAGGAAUCGUUUGUUCACUUACUCUUUGAAUCUAAAAAAAAGGAGAGGCAAAUGGAGCGAAAUCUCUUAUUGGAAGGCAACAAAAAUUACUAAGCUUUAUGAAAUUUAUGGUUUUUUUUUUAUACUUAACCAACAGCCAAAUCGGCAACAACGAAUUCAGAUAUUUCGGUUAUAUUUAUACCGAUGAUUUUGAAUGUACCCACGUUUUUUUCAAACUCGUUCUUGCUUGCGGAUUUUGUAAAAUUCGCAAUCCAGAACCGAUUUGAAAACUGUAAUGGUAUAUCCAAAAUGUAUUCUAGAAACAUGAAUGCCGACCUUGCUUCUUUUGGGAAUUUUUGAGGUAUUAAUCUUUUUUUGACUGAAGGGCUGCCUAAAACAUUGUUUUCUUUUUUAACUAAAUAUGUAGACAAAUGAACUGAAGUACAAAUAUAUUCAAUAUGUUUUAUUGAAGAUACGAUCUUUUUUAAUUCAUAAAUACAUAAAAUAUACACUGGCGGUCAAAACUGGAGAAAGGCCAUACUUCGACCAGUUUUGGUUACUUCUUUUGUUUAUUUAAUAUUUAUUAUUUUUUAUAAAAGCGCAUCUCAAUAUCUAAUA